AUGACGGUAGUGCAAAUGGUGGCACAGGUACAGGUCAAGGUCAAGGAACAGGAGGAGGAGGAUGGCGAGGAAUGUUAUCAAAGUUUACAAAUUAUUAUAAAGUCAUACUUGUUCUCUGAUGUCCAGAAGGAGGAGUUUGACUCACAGUUCACAAAGGGCAAGAGCGAGAUCGUUUUGAAGAACGUCGUGUUGGACAAGGCCGUGCUGAAUAGCAAGCUCGCAACAGGCCUGCCCUUCCAGUUUGGCGUGGUGCGCAUUGAUAGCAUAGAGUUCAACAUCCCGCUGCUCAACAUCACCACUGAGCCCAUCAGAGUGGUGGUGCGUGGCGUCGAGGUCAACAUCAUCCCGACCAGCGCAACAAGCACAACAACAUCCAGUAGCGACUCGCUCUCUUCAUCGUCAUCGUCCAUCAUCACCGACUAUCCAUCGCAGCAUGUCGACUCGUCGAUCCUCUCGGGCACCAUCAUCAGGGAGCUGCACGAGGGCGAAGAGCCAACAAUGGACAGCAGCAUCCUCACAGGCAUCCGACCCGAAGACAACGGCGACGUGUUUGACGCCAUGCAGAGUCAGCUGCUGGAGAUCUUUUCAAAUGUCAUCGUGGACAUUGAGAAGCUCUCACUCUUUGUACAUACACCCACGUCCAUUGCCAAUCUAGAGCUCUACAUGUCAUCGGCAUCAUUUAAGUAUGAGUCCGAGAGUUCAGAUGUAGUUGGCAGCGAUAACAACAACAAUAACAACAACGAAGACGAUGGCGACGAUGAAGAAACCAACAACAACUUCAUCAACGACAAUGAAGUCAAAUCAGCGAAUCAACAAAAGAAACCAAAGCUUAGCUUUGAUCAACUGUCUGUGAUGAUGCAUAGGAAGGAGGGCUCAGCCAUCUUCUUUGAGCACAAGAAGUACUUCUUCAAUUGCUCAAAGGUGGACAGACCCAACUCGAUCGUGUUCACACAGUCCAGCAACGAGUCGCUUGGCAUUGACAUUGAGUUCAACUCACCCAUCACUGGCAACUUUGGACAGGAGCAACUGUCUGGCCUCUUUGAUCUCAUCGGCAAGCUAUCAGAUGCCAUUGCACAGAUGGGUGGAGACGACGAAAAGGACAAGCACAACAAGUCAAAGACACGUCGUAGCAGUAGACAGAUUGACAACAGUAGCAGUGGUAGUCAAGUUGGUCGCGCUGUCCAACCACCCAAGGACAUCAACCUGCGUGUUACUAUACCAAAGCUCAACUACAUGGUCAACCUGCCACUGUUGGAGAAGACCAUCUGCACCAAGCGCAACUUCAAGAUACAUCUCACUGGCGACAAUUGUUUGAUCAUGUACUCGAAGCAGUACCCGCGUCACCUGGACAGCGCCAUCUCGGCCGCUGAGAUGCUACUGCAGACCAUCACCAAGACCGAGAUGUCGUUUGAGUCGCUGUCGAUAUCCCUGCUGCCCGACGGACGUCCCGAGAGCGCCUACAAGUGUCUGUCACUGCGCUCGACUACACUUGACGAGGGCGCCGAGUUCCGCAGCCGUAGCUCGCGACCCUUUAUCUCGAUCGCUCAGAAGCCAACCGGUCGCAUCAUCAAGCCCAUCGACGAGCAGAUCUACACGGCCAAGCCGUUCCUAACUUACAAGCAGCCAUGGGGCAUGAAGGACUGUUCGAUCGAGGAGGCCAAUCGCCGAGCGAGCUGCAUCGUGGACUGCCAGCUGCCCGAGUGUUCCAUAUCCAUUUACAAGUCAGACUUUGAAUGUCUGAUGAACGCCUUUGCUAUCCAAUCAGACCAGCCACAGACCAGCACAAUGCUCUUCCUCCUCUCAUGUAUAACUGCAUCGAUUGAACUCAGAUUUGAUAAGAAUCCAGGUAGCAUGAUUGAUGAGGGCACGAGCGAGUUCAAAUUGUUCACCAAUGAUUUGGAUGUGAUUACAACGAUUGGAUAUCCAUCCAAACCAAACAGGUCAGACCUAUUCGAUGGCAUGUUCACAAUACUCUCGCUUGGCUCACUGGACACAGUUGCCAUUGCCGAUGGCAAAGAGGAACUACUCUUUGGCAAUCAAGUUGAUCUUGAUGGAAUUGAGAUGUUGACAUCGGCCAAGCAGUUGGCAAUCACUCAACUAUAUGAAUUGACGAUAUCAAGCAUCAGCUUUGUACCAUCAAUGAGAUUGAUAACAGACUUUAUCGAUUGGAUCAGUUAUGAGAACAAGUCUAAGCAACUCACAAGCAGUAGCAACAACAACAUCAACAACAACAAUAAUGUCAAGAAUGAUCCACUACCGAUGCACAUCGACUUGAUUGAUUGUACAGCAAAGUACUACUCAAAGGACUUGGACACUCAACUUGCCAUCAAGUUUGACAGACUGGGUAUCCUGUUAUCACCUGAAGGAAGAUCUGAUGACUUCAUCUUUGCAUUCUCCCCAUUGAAGAUAUAUAUGACGGAGGAGGUGUCCACAAAGAAUAUGUUUGCUCAGGACUACUCUGAGCUCCAGCCCAUUGGAUACUCAUCCAAGUCCCCACUGGUGUACCUUCGUAACAUCACUUCUGGAAUUGGCGCCAAGAUCGAGUUCCUCUCCAACAUCUACGACUUUGAGUUUGACAAACAUACCUUCCACCUAUUCUCCACGAUCGUGCCAAUGUUUGGCAAGCGUCUAGUCGAACGAAUAAUCUUGACAAAGGAGGAAGUUAAACCAAUUGGCGACAACAUUGCAGUUAUGAUGGGCAGUCAGAUUGUCAAUGCACAACGUGUGAUGGAGGACUACAUGGGCUCACCGCACGAUGAUAAAUCGUCUCAGCCUGAGAUCGACGACCUUGAAGAAGGUUUUGAGAUGGUGUCGGGCGAGAAGAUUAUGGAGAUCAUAGCAGUGGACAUGCACAUCAACUGCACGUUCAAGGACACGGCCAGCCAAGACCAUGUCUUGCUCCAGGCACACAUCUCUGAGAUACUCUUGCAAAACUUUGAGGUCGCUGACUUUGGAUCAUACACGUCCUCGCUCAAGGUCAACCUGUCCCACCUGUUGAUACACGACAAGAUUGUCAAGUCUCCCUUCAAAAACCUCUUUGGACCAAUCGCCAGUGGACUCCCUGCCGACCCACUCAAUCAUCUCGUGUCGUUGGUGCUCCUGUCGCGCAAGGACAACUUCAAACGAGCCUGUUACAACGUGGUGCUACACGUUAAUCCUCUGUAUAUAUCGGCCUACAAGUUGACCAUUGACUUCCUGUUGGACUUCUUCAUCAACUACAAACUCACUGAUGGUACCACGAACAAGCUUGCCAAUGUACCACCAGCAGCGCCAGGCAAUGAUCAAGUACCAACAGAAGAGGAUACCAUAAUCUUUGAUGAGAUACUCAUACUUCCACUUGGUGUCAAGAUUGACUACAGACCAUCAAGUACAAAGAGCGACACAAACACCAACGCUACCACCACCAACGCUACCAACAACAACAACGAAGAUAACAACAACAACAACAACAAUGAUCAACCACAACCACAACCACAAGAGUUCUCAUCGAUCAAGACAAGAGGUGGAUAUGUUUGGAUGUUCAGUAUGAUCCCACUAACGGACGCCAACUUCACAUUGCCAGAGGUUUACUUGCACGAGAUACCUCUGUCCAAGCUACCAGAGAGCAUCAUGAAUGUCUACCAACCAAACCUCUCGACCAACGUCUUCCAAUACCUCACUGGUGUCACUCCCGUCAAGAUCUUCUUCAAGGUGGGCAAUGGAAUGUUUGCCCUGAUCAGAGAACCAAUACACCAGGCAUCUGGCCCCGAUGGCGUGAUGAUGGGCGUUGGAAAGGGCUUGGGCACAGGCAUACAGACACUCUUUGUUGAGCUGCUCUCUGUCUCGACCACCCUGGCACAAGGCUUGGCAUCGUUUGCCAAGAACUUCACCAACAAUACUACAGACAGAACAAACUCAUCCAUAAUGACGACCCAGCCAAAGACCUUUAAGGAUGGUACAUCAAUGGCUGUGUCAUACAUGAUUGGUGGCUUUUACAAUGCGGCCAAGGGCAUCCUGUUCCGACCAGUCAGCAAGUAUAGAGAGCGUGGAGCAAGAGGCUUCCUCACUGCACUCAUGUGGGGUGUGCCUGGCGUGGUACUGUCGCCUGUAGUUGGCAUAGCCGAGGGCAUCACUUCAUUCUCUCUUGGACUUCGCAAUUCAUUGGAUUCAUCCAGGAUGCUAAAGUACAAGAGUAUCGCCAAUCAACUUAAUCAGCCAAUUGAGAACACUUCCAAAGUAGACAACGACAAGAAGAAGUCUGAGUUGGCAUGUCCAUUCUGUACACAAUAA